UAUAGACUCACGGGAAUCAAAUGCUCAUAUUAUAGAAGGAUGGCAGGAACAAGUGCCAGAUAAUGUGGUAAGACAGUGGCAAUGGUAUGGAAAAAAUUUGGCCAGGUCUUCUGCAUUAAUCUUUGUAGAUGUGUGAUUUAUUUAUUUAUUUUUGUGGAUUCUUUUUCUUCAUUUUCAGGAGAAGAGUAUCUAAUCUACUUCACAGUGGCUUUCGCGAGAGUCUUGACCAGUUGAUACAAUCAUAUGUGGAAAGGCAAAGCCAUGCCGCUGUAGACUGGGAGCUGGAUGGUUCAUCACCAUCACCUGCGUCUGUCGAACAAGAUCUCGAUCAAGCAAUUCCAAAUCAUAGUGAGGUUCAGGAGGAUGCUGUUGUUAGACCACCUCCUGUUGCUCCACCCUCACACCCAAUUCCUCCUCCUCCCCCAAUGUGGGACCAGAGGCCACACCGUGAUACGUGGACACAGCAUGACAUGCAUCAACGAUUUGGAAUUGUAUGUGAGUGGGAAAUCAUCAAUGACAUGAGGAUUGACAUGGCUAGACUACAAUAGAGGAUGAAUAACUUGCAAAGAAUGAUGGAAACUUGCAUGGACAUGCAACUUGAGUUGCAGCGCUCAAUAAGGCAAGAAGUCUCUGCUGCCCUGAAUAGGCCAGCUUGUUCACAAGGUACACCAACAAAUUUAGAUCGAGUUUUGCUUAUAAUUAAUUUGGAAAUAAGAUUUUUUUCCAUUAAGAUUAACAUAUAAUUUGAAAGGACCAUAAUCAUAUAAAUCGUUCGCGGCUGCUCCAGCAGAGUUGUGUGAGGGUGAGGGUGAGGGUGGUUUGGCCGAGGAUGACACCAAGUGGGAUCAUGUUAGAAAAGGAAUGUGCUGUAUAUGUUCUAAUACCAAUAUUGACUCUUUACUAU